UCAACGUCAUUCGAAAGCGGUUUCAUGUGUGUUGUGUUGCAUGAUCUACACGUUUUAUGUCCUUAAUCUGUUUUGCUCCAGUUUUCUAUUGCAGAUUGCCAACGUUUAGAUUUGGUAUAUUUUGAAAGUAAAAAAAAAUUGACUGUUUAAAAGAGGAACGCGACUUAUUAAGAUGGGGUAUAUGGUCGUAGAGAAACACACAUCUGAUCUUCUCCAUUUGAAGAGGUCUCCUGGGAUUAGAUCAUGGUCCCUCCUUGUUGGAAUUGCUUCAGUUGGACUAGCAGCAGCCUAUUACAGCGCUGACAGCAUAUUAUGGAAGAUGUUCUAUGGGACUGGCUGUUUUUUUGUGGCUCUACAGAAUAUGGAGGAAUGGGAGGAGGCAGUAUUUGAUAAAUCUAAGAACGAGAUAGAAUUAAAGACGCUUAGUCUCUAUACCAUGAUAUUGACUAUAUGGAAAAGAGGACAUGAGAGAGUGGUGUUAGAUCUGCGACACUUGCGGGACGUGAGUGUUCAGGAGGAGAGGGUGAGGUAUUUGGGGAAGGGUUACCUGUUGGUGCUGCGUCUAGCGACAGGUUUCUCUCACCCUCUUACACAAAGUGCCACGCUGGGCUCACGCAGUGAUGUGGAGGCACUUGCUGCACUUCUGAAGCGCUUCUUGGGUCUUGAAGAGUUACAGCGACAUUUGGCAGAAGAAGAUUAUCCUGAUGAUGACGACAUUGAAGAUCUGGGAUUGGGCGAUAGCAGUGAUUCAAAAGAUGAAGAUGAACAUUAAAAAACCUCAGGGAUAGAUGGAAAAUGGUGGAAGACACUAGGCCUGUCACGAUAACAACUUUUUGUUGUG